AUGAUAUUUUCGUUAAAUGAAUUAGUACACUGGCUGGGAUUGACAAUUUUUGAAAUAUGGAUAAAUUUAGUCUCACUAACAAUUUUCACAGUGUUGUUAGCUCUUAAGUUGGAUGACAAUUAUUUCUUGGGCCAUACAGGAUGGUGGAUAGUAUUUUCACCACUUUUUGUUGCAGACGGUCUGAAUACUUAUUUCUGCGCAAUUAUUUUCAUAAGAAUGCAUAUGGAAGGAAUGAUUAAAACUGCUAUCUUAAGAGCGUUAUGGAGUCUAAUACUGCUACUACUAAUAUUUGUUUUUAAAUAUCUCCUCUGUAAGAAGUUAUCAGGACAAAGCCCUCUAGAAUAUUCGGAAGUUUUAAGCCCCAUAUUUAUUCUUUUGCAAUUAAUUGCAGUUAGAGCGUGUCAACUUCAUUGACUGCUACGGCUUAUUAUUAUUUACAUACACAAAGUCAUAACGUAAUGUUCAUCGUUGUCAUGUACGCAGACACUGCAUUUAUAUGUAUAGAUAAUUACAGAAAAAUUCAUCUUUAAA